AUGUCCACGAACUCCUCUGAAAGAACAGUCACUGCCGGCGCAUCAAACCCACCGGCGACUGCCUCCAAUCCCCUCGCCGGUGCGAACCACCAUGUGUCUAUCAAACUCACCCACCGUAACUUUCUCUUCUGGAGAACUCAAAUAAUCCCUUUUCUUCGCGGCCAAGAGCUGUUGGGGUUCGUCGAUGGGGAUACGCCGUGUCCACCGCCCACGGUCGAAUCACCACCUGCUUCCGGCGGUUCAAAUUCCGCAGCUACCACCACUGGUCCGAUUCCCAAUCCCGCAUACAAAGCGUGGAUUAAGCAAGAUCAACUGAUCUUAUCUCUGAUCAUUUCAUCCCUCUCGGAUGAAGUGAUGCACCUCGCCGUCGGCAAGGCCACAUCCAGAGAGGUGUGGGAGUCAAUCAUGGCGGCGUUAGGCAACACCACUCGUGCCAGGUGUCUCAGCCUCCUCGGGCAGUUCCAUUCUCUCCAGCAAGGGAGUGGCAGUGCGGUGGAGUAUCUCGGACGUGCGCAGCUGCUAGUGGAACAGCUUGCGCUCGCCGGCAGGCCCGUCUCCCUUGACGAACAGAACCUGUUCGUCUUCCGCAGUCUCCGACCGGAGUAUCGCGCCAUGGCGUCAUCACUCACGGCAGCAGGGAUUCCGGUGACGAUUCCACAAAUAUCCGACUAUCUGCAAGCCCAAGAUUUCAUACACGCCGAUGACUACCCGACCGGAUCAGACGGCGGUUACCCGGCGGCCCCUUCUGCCUUGUAUGUCGGUCGUGGAGGCCGGAGCAAUGGUGGACGAGGCAGCAACGAUGGUGGCAGACAAGGCCAGAACCGCGGCCGUGGCGGUAGAGGAGGCCAGGACAGAGGCCGGGGAGGACGGAACAACGCUCCUCGGUGUCAGAUUUGUAAAGCCCAGGGCCAUACUGCAGUUUACUGA